CGAUGAAUUGAUUUUGAUUAAUUUUAGAUGCACAUUUUCAAUGAUCUUGUUGCUCAUAUGGAAAAUCUCAAUGCACAGACAACACGAGUAAGCAGUUGACGAUUUCACAGAAGGACAGAACAAUAAAGGAAUUUAAAAUGGACAAAGAUGCUUUCUACGAGGCAUAUAAAAAAGAGAAGAACCGUCCACCACCAGAUAUCACUCCUGCAGCGUUCCAACAGAUUGCAGCAAUGGGUGAUCAGAGAGCAAAACAUGGAUCAAGGAAGAAACGCGAACCCCCUGUCAUGGAUGACGAGACAUUCUACAAGGCAUUUCAACUGGAACAAAAUCACUCUCCGUCAGAUAUCGCUCCUGAAGUCUUUGAACAGAUUAUUAGGGAAGACGCGGCGAAAAUGAAAUAUGUGUCGAAAUUCACCAACCUGUUUGAAAAAACCCUGAACAAGCCAACUUCUAGCGAAGAACCAACAAUAAUAUUUCCUCGGGUGGGAGUUCCUUCGACUACACAACAGCAGGCACAAGCGGUGGAGCGUUCCGUCGAAGUUACCGCCCCGAAAAUUUCACUUUCAGAUCAAAGAGCAACAGAGAGUCCUUCACCACGAGUUCAUAUACUUAGCAGCCAAAUGGAUGCGUACUGGACCGGAAAAAUUACAGAGUAUCUCAAUCGAUACUACAAUGCUCAGGGAUGCUUCGCUUCUGUCUUCCCCAUUCUACUCAAGUUAGAAAGAAGGCUAGGCCCAGGAUGGCGGUUAGAUCAAAUUGAUGACCCAAUGUUUGUUUCCGAAAAAGCGCUGCCAAAUUCCACAAUAAAUUUCAAAUUUCCGCCAAGCCCCAGAAGCUACACGAUCUGGAGACAACGCGAGCCGGAUUUUUAACCAAUGGAGUAUUGAAACCUGUGUUUUCCAGCACAAAACAACCAGUUUGACCAGAAGCAUAUUAAUUUACCGCAUGACAGAGUAUUGUAUUAGAUUUUCCUUCUAAAAUUUCAUUCGUGCGCAAUAACAUGGUAGCCAAAGAAGCAAUACACAUGUGUCAACUCU